GAUAAACACCCUCAACCACUAACACUUCUUUUUUCUUUCCAUUGGCUGGAUUUUUUUAUUUGUUUUCAUUUCAAAUUCAUUGAGGCUAUGAAAUCAGUUAUUUGAUAGCUUUGGUGACAUGUAUGACUUAUAUGAAGGGGGAAUUAAGCUGCCUACAUAUAUACUGAAUAAAAUUAAUCCUUUACCAGUGUUAAAGGAAGUCUUCAGAACUGAUGGUGAACAAUUCCUCAAGUUUCCACCUGCUAAAGUGAUUCAAGAUUGGAAUACUGAUGAAGAAUUUGCAAGAGAGAUCAUUGCUGGUGUAAAUCCUGGUUUAGAUCACAUCCUUCAAGAGUUUCCUCCAAAAAGUAAGCUAGACAGUGAAGUCUAUGGGGAUCGUACAAGAACAAUAACCAAAGAACAAAUAGAGCUUAACUUAGAUGGGCUCACUGCAGAUCAGUCGCUCAAGUAA